AUCCACUGGAACGUCGCCGCUGCGACGACUCCGCGCUGUGGUGCUCCCAAGGAUCUUAUGGUGCUAUGGUCCACGGGAUGCAGGUUAAAAACCUACUAAGCUGGUAGCAGUAAGCACGCAGCUCAUCAUGUCCGGCACACGGCCUCCCUCAGGGUCUGGUAUUACGAGCCGCAUUUCAAUAGUAAGGCAUAGCAUUCAGGCGGAUCUUAGCCGUCGCGGCGGCAUUCUGCUUCCACUCGUCGCUGCUGCGGCGCUUACUGCUACCGUCUUCGCUUAUUUUGCGUUUUUCGAAGUCCAGCCUAGUAGCGCCCGCGGCCUGCUUUUUCGAGAUUAUUUCCGGGAUUCCGGUCGAGGAAGGUCCGUUGGACCGUCCUCUUUCCCUCCAAACGUGUGCGAAACGGGGCGGAACUGUAGCGGCACGUUGCUGGAUGAAUAUGUUUAUACCGCGGAUGCGGAAUUUAGCUGGGAGGACACGGGUAACCGCAUGCGAGCCAAGGAGCGGGGGGGGUGGUGGACGGGGUAUGUGCUGCUGGUGACAACCCUGCGGUGGCUCAACGAAUCCGUUACAGACAGAUCCGUUUGGUGGCACCACCUGACGCUUAUUGCGCCAGACGACAUGCGGAACGCCAGCAAGGGUCUAGUGCUGUUCUUCGUGGGGGCGGGGUGGAACACCCCGCGCAGAUGGGAGAGGGCCGUCCGCGUUCCCAAAAGUAGCGACGUCUUCAUCCGCGUUGCUGCCCCCAUGGUGGUGGAUCUGGGCAUACUCGGCGUGAUGCUCCACGAAAUACCCAUGAUGCCCAUCAGCUUCUACUCCAGCCCUCCUGGUGUCAGCAGCCAACGCUUGAUAGAGGAGGAGCUCCCUGCAUUCACCCUGGCCAUGGCCUUUCACGACCCCACCACCCCCGAGUGGCCCAUCUUCCUGCCCAUGGCCAAGUCGGUCAUCCGAGGCAUGGAUGCCGUGCAGCUGGCUGCCAGGGAGCUGCUGCCUCACGUGCCGGUGGAAGGGUUUUUGGCUGUAGGCGUGAGCAAGCGAGCUCUCGCAGCAUGGCUCUCUGCAGCGCUUGAUAAGCGAGUGGUGGCCUUCAUAUCCUACGGCUUCGAUCUCAUCAACUUCGGGCCUAACAUUCAGCAUCUGAUCGACUCCACUGGCGCCAUGCCCGUUCUGGCCCGCUUCUACGCGGACUACAACGUGACCAGCGUGCUGGACUCGCCACAGAUGAGAAGAAUCCUGAGCUACACAGACCCUUAUAAUUUCCGGGACCGCCUGACCAUGCCCAAGCUGCUUAUUUCUGCCUCAAAUGACGAGGUCUGCUACAUGGACGACACCUACUAUUACCUCAAGGACCUUCCACCACCCACAUUUCUCAAGAUCGUUGCCAACCUCGAGCAUGAUGCCAUUCAAAUGUCCCAAUGGGCCUACGAUGCGUCCAUCUCCUUCCUCUCCUCUCUCCUCCACGCCAACUCCUCCUGUGCCUCUCUCCCCGCCUCCUCCCGCCCCUCCCUCACCUGGGCCCGCCCCACCACCCCCACCACCCCAUCCCCCCUCAACCCCCAGAAUUCUCCUGAUUUACCUGCCCCUCAGCAUUCACCUGCCCCUCAACAUUCACCUGCCCCUCAACGUUCACCUGCCCCUCAACAUUCACCUGCCCCUCAACAUUCGCCUGCUACCAGCUCACCAACGUUCCCUUCGUCUAGUCUCCCAGAGGCAGAGGCAGCUGCGGGGGGAGCAGAAAUUGCGGGAGCAGUGGGAGCAGCAGAGGGAGCAGCUGUAGCAGCCAUGCAGACCCCCCCUUGGGGCUGCGUGCCGGAGCUGCCCGCUGUCGACUGGCCUCAGCUGAGGUGGCGGUUUGAUUGGUCCACGUUCACCAUCCAUGCCACGUCAGACAGGAAGCCAUUGGCUGUUAGAGCGUGGACAGGGCGCACCAUUCUGGGCAGUAGAAGAAGGGACUUCCGGUUUUUAGUGAAGCAGGGGGUCAAAGGAUGCAUUAUCCCUUUCAAGAGUCUGCUGCCCAACUACAUUGCGAAGUUUGGCAUGCUCUGUUUCCAGCCCAUCCCCUUCCUCCUGCAUACAGUCACACCGCCUACAGUGCAAGCUGAUGGCCUCUGGCACUUCAGCUCCACAAUCCAAGACAUUCCCAAGGUGGGCUAUCGGGCACUGUUCGUUGAGGCUGAUUUUCAGCACGGAGACUUCCACAAGCCUUUUGUUUUUACCACCGAAGCCAUAAUAGCACCAAACACUCUCCCUUUUGCCCCCUGUAACAGCACAGCUUGCCUCACACAAUACGCAUAAAUCUACCAUGAAGUUGUUUUCAGCCUGGUUAGUCACGAUCAGAAUAACUAUUGGAAUAGCAAAAAAAAGAUGACUAGGAAGAGGGGGAGGGGAGAUACAAAUGCAAAGUGUUGUCCCCUCUAAGAGCUGUCCUAGUUAGGUUAGAUAUACAAAUAUGUUUGUUGACACACCCCCUAGCCUAUGUAGAGGUGUCGAGAGCAGGGCUGACGUUUCAAAAAAAACCACCCUGAGCUGUCGAAUGGGGAAAAUUUUUUACCCUGAGGGCCUAGUGUUGGUAUUUUGACUUCCCUGAUUUCUCAGUGUUCUG